AUGAGCGAUAUUGGUUAAACUCAUUAAUUAUAAACUAAUACUGACUUGACUGAUUAGACAAUUUAAGAUAAAGCUGAAGAAGCUAGCUAAAAUUAAAUUCUGAAACCCGAAGAGACCCAAGCUAUCUCAAGCGAUAACUAAAAUAAAAUAAAUAACAACAUAACUAUAAAAUUAAGCAAGGUAGAGUUAAAUUCAAAAAUUGCACUAGAAAUAUUCAAUGAAUAAAUUUCUCCUAUUUUAGAUUUUAUAGAACAUACUAACAAAGAUUUAGAUUAACAUAAACUAGAAAUUAAUAUGAAACAUUUUGAUUUUAAGCAUAGCUCCUUACAAUCAUUUGGAAAACUUAGCUAAUACGCUGACUCAAACAUCAACAAUUAAUAACUUAAGGACGCAUAUCAUAAAUCUGAUGAAAACUUCCCUUAUCAUAUAUAAAUUAGAGGUGAUGGAAAUUGUUUUUAUAGGUCAUUCAUGAUAAACAUCAUGUUUAUGGUUAUUAUUUAGCAAAAUAUUGAAGAUGCACUCAAAAUUUUUUAAAAAGUUUUCAAAUUAAAAUAAGUAUAAUAUAAACUAGAAAAAUUUAAUGAAAACUAGAUUGAUUUAACUCCUGAAUUUAAAUUGCACUUUUUGCAUUUCUGGAUGAGCAAAUUCAUUGAUUGUCAUAGAGUUUUAAGACUUUAAUAGAAGUAUGAUCUAAAAAAACUUUUUGAAGAAUAUAAUUAACAUCCUUUUGUAGAUGUAUCUACAGUGGUUAUAUGUAGGAACAUCAUAUUAAAUAAAUUUAAUUUUCUUUUAAAAGAUCCAAGUUAUUAAUAUUUCAUUACUGAAGAAUCUAAAGCAAAUUCACCUAAAUAUCUUUUAUAGUACGGGUAAGAAGCUGAAGAUGUUAUAAUAUCAAUAGCAGCUAAAGCUUUCUAAGUAGAUUUGAAAGUUAAAAAUAUUUAUAGAAAUCAUGAAGGCAUUUUUACAGAUUAAUUCGAAUAUAAAUUUGAUGAAAACAAAGUAUCUAAUGUUGUUUCGGUGUUAUUUACAAAAGGCCAUUACAAUUGUUUAUUUGAAAAAUAAUUACUUGAAUAGAGUAUAGAAAAAUUCAACUGGCCUAUAGAAGAAGUAGUUCAAGUAGAAUAAUAAAUACAAUAAUAUUAAUAAUAAGAUGAUAAUUUAGAACUAGAAUAGUUUUAAUAAUACCAAAAUGAAGUACAAGAAGAUAAAGAUAAAAAAUUGUUAAAAACAGAUCAAUAAUUAGAUAAAAUAUUUGGAAUUAAUAGAAAUCCUAAAAUAAAUCCUGUUGGUCAAUAAAAAAAAGAAGGUACUAAACAUCAUCAAAAAACAAAUGACAUAAGCUAAUCUAAAAAGCAAACAAAAUAAGAAGAAGAUAAUAAUAAAGAUUUUUCAUUUUUCAAAGGCCCAUUUAGCAUAUUCAAAUUUUUAUUUCAUAUUAAUUUUGCAAUAGGAAUUGGGUUAUUGGUUAUUUUUGUUUAUAGACCCUUUAAAUUUAUAAAAAGUAAACUAUGA